AAUUUCCCUCAGUUUCCCUUCGAAACCCGACGACGCGGCCACUGGUGCACAAUCGCCCCCGAACACGCGCGUGUACAUCGCGAUUUAUCGGCGUAAACUUGUUGUUUCGUGACUUUCGACAGUUGGAUUUUCUUGGUUUUUUGUGACUAAUCCAGUUCGAGGAUCGGACUUUGUGAGGUGAACGGGAGAUUGCUUGAGAAAAGUUUGGGUACAAUCUCAUGGAUGGAUAUUCUGGAACAUAAUACUAUAACUUCGACAACUAUCUCACCCAAAGCUAGCAAAAAACAAACCGCCAAAAUGAAGAUGAGCAAAGUUGGUAACCAAACAAAUUCUCAGGAUCCACAAGCCGUGAACUCGCGCGUUUUUGUUGGAAACCUCAACACAUUCCAGUGCUCGAAGACCGACGUUGAAAGGAUGUUUCAGAGAUAUGGACGAUUGGCUGGCAUCUCUAUGCAUAAAGGUUACGCUUUUGUUCAGUUCACGAAUCCAUUCGAUGCAAGAAGUGCCUGCCUUGGAGAGGAUGGUAGAACAGUCCUCAGCCAAAUUCUUGAUGUCAACAUGGUUGCAGAGCCCAAACCACAUCAAACCGGAAGAAAGAGACAGAAUGUUGCCAAAACAGGAAACGAUUGGGACUACUACUAUGAUAGUUACUACGCCUCCGCCUCGUUCCCCGUGGGCCCGCCGCCACGAUUAGUUCCGCCGAUAAAACGGCAAAGGUUAAUGACGUCAACGGUGAGAAAUGGGAAGAGCAAUCAAUCUCAGAAGACGACGCUGCCGCCACUUGAUCAACUCAAGAUAUAUAGUAAUCCAGAUAUACUAAUUUGCGGAAACUGCAGAGAAAUGUUCACCGAUUUACACGACCUCCUAGACCACAAGAAAACAUAUUGCAAACUACGCUUCACCUGUAAAUGUGAUGUAAAUAAAUUGAAAUCACCAACAGAUGACCACUCAUCUGCGUCACUUCUCUGUGUACAAUGCAAGGAUUCCUUCCAGAACGCUUGGGAUUUGAUGGUACAUGCACAGGCUGCACAUAUGUUAAAUAUCUAUGAACUUGGACUGCCAGGUAUGGCGUCAGCGACGGUGAAUUGCAUCUCGCCACCUCUUUCUUCACCCAGAGAUAACAAUCAUAAGGACGAAAAGCUGGAAGACGUCAACGGCAUGGAGAAGGAUAACGGUGACGCCGACCACGACGACUUCAUGGAAAACAUGGAGAAUGGCAGGAACGGCCUGACCGGAACCCCUGACUCCCUGAACUCCCGUAACGAUAAAGAGUUGGAGGACUUAAUGGACGUGGAGUCGACGGCAAAGACCUGUAUAAUGCACGCCCUGAGCAUAGUGAGCACUCCGACGCCACAAACGGGAUCAUCUCCUCCUCCCUUAGCGGCCACAGCUCCCCAUAACGGAGCACAAGACGCCUGGAAAACUCCGGGUCACACGAUACAUUAAUUAGCCAAUGUGAUGGACGUUCUUUCGAAAUGAGAGAUGAAUACACGAAGCCGCUGAAAGUUCGACGAAAAUUAUUUCGUUGACAUAAAAGAUGAUCUUUUUUUUUCGUGAUGGCCCUGUAAAUAGACGAAUAGUUGAUGAACUUGCCUAUAUGGACAUUGACACCCCUAUUCUUCCAUGUUUUCAUUCGAUUUACUUUGGAAAUAUUAUAACUAUCCUAGAAUUAUAAGAGAAAUGUCGAUAUUUUGUUAGCAGUGAAUACAAGUGUACAAAAAUUUUAUAAUGUCUCCGCAUAAUAUUCUGAUCUUCUGAACAACAUUAUUUUGUUGGAAUUUCUCAUUAAUAUUCAGAUGUGAGUAACAAUUUAUCAAUUAAUUUUCUUCGAAUAUUACA